AUAAACAGGCGCGCACUCCUCACAAAGCCCUCAAAUGGUCACGCCGCCUUCAUCCCCAGCGUCCGAAAACUCGUAUUCGAAUACUGCGACGUCUGGCCCUCAUCCGCUCACGUCCGAACAUACAUCUAUAACAACGUCGAACAGCUCGCACGCAAGAACCCCCAUGUCGAGUUCGUCGUUAAACAGCGACCGUCAAAGGAACCUAUAAUUCGAGGGUUUUAUUUGAACAACCGGGACAAAGUCAUCAGCCUAAAAGGAUUCGAAGUCACCCAAAUACAGCAGAAGGUCCAGCUGCUUCUCGACUCUUCCGGCGCCAAGAUAGUACCAUUAAAGAGGAAAACGGUCGUUAGCACGACGGAGUCGGCCAGAGGCAUCUGGAGCGGAAUGCACACUCCCGAACCGUACAAAAUCUGAGCUACCCGUUUAGCGUGUUGCUCCUCUAGUACUUUUCGCUAUUAUGGCGAAUAAAACCCGGAAGCGAAGCCAUGUUGAGCACACGUCUAAGGAGAUUGACGUUAUCCUAGGCCCAUGCCGUACUUAAAGGUCAUUAGCCAGACAUCAUCCCUAACCUUUGUGCCUUCUCUCGAAUCACGAUGUUAGACCGUUCAUAGUAUCUAAUGUCUUAAUUGUAAUGCAAACUAUAAUACAAGACAACAAGGCAUAGAGAAAGAAACGUCUCCGAGCGAGCAAGAACAUGCAUGGAAGGACAAGAAGACAAGAAAACAACCGUCUCAGAAGUCUCGCCAUGAAACAUGUUGCCAUACAAAUGUCAAGUUACCGAGCUGCAAAAUCCGCUUCCUGGACACCCUUCCGACCUUUUCCUGCAGUUGGGUAUGGUGAAGAAGGACGAGAGCCAGAAGGACCAGUGUCCUCGAGAGGCACUGGCAACGGGCAUAGAUAAUACGGCUCAGAAGUCCCGAAGUACUCGUACUCCGCAUCCGUUUCAUCUUUCUCCCUUUUUGCAUUGGAGAAAACAUUGAACGUCGAGUUUCUCCUUGAUUGACUAGAAGGUAAGUGAAGCCUAACACCCGGAUCAUCUUCAUCCUCGUCUGUUGCAUGCGAAAACACACUUCGAGUUGUCGGCGCAAGGUAUUCAAGUCUUGUCCGAGCGAUGGAGGUAGACAUGGUGUUUCGCCAGUUAGAGCGAACCCGCUGUUCCGCCCGGACGCGUUCAAUUUCUUCUUCCUCAUCAGUGGGUAUUUCAUCUCCGUCCGCAUUGAGACGUGCCCAACCGCGUCGCCUUCGGCCAACCACACCUGCAUCCUGUGGUUCUGUAUUUAACCGCGGCAGGUCUGUUUCGCUACGGUAUGCUUCACCAGCAUAGCGUGGUGCGCGAACCUGGUGUCUAAACCUAUCCAACCUGAAGAAAGUACUUGCACUGCCUGAUGGUGGGGGAGGAAUCACUGGAGGUCCAGAUGGAUAUCGCAACCACAUGCCAUCUUCACGUCCAGAAGCAAACCCACUGUCGCGCGAGCUUGUAGUAGAAUAGGAAGGUGCGAGCAUAUCGAAGGCAUCGUCAUUGUCCCACCACGCGUCAGUGUUGAUCUGAUAUACUUGUUCAUCCCCGUCUGCAUUGAGACGUCGGCGAAUACGGUAGCUGCGACCUUCUGCUUCAUCAAUGGCCUCACGGUACGCGGUUGUUAAUCUUCGGUCUUCCUGCGUGUCUCCUAAUGGAGAGCGACCCUCCUCGUCUUCAUUACGGGAGUCCACGUCCGCUGCUGGUGGUGCUGGGAUAACCCGUCCAUCUCUUAGAGACUCAGACAAUGCAUUUGAAAGUCUAUCCAGACGACCGUAUACGCCCUGCAUGCGAGAAGACACUCCCUCCUGGCGCUCUUCUUCCGCAAACCUAGGCGAGUUGCCAGUAGAUGGAGUAUCGCCAGAAGUUGAUGGGCUGACUGGUGGCAAGAUAUACGACAGACGAGGCGGGGAACUACCAUUGUCCGCCCUCCUUUGCCUAAAACUUCGUGUUCCGCCCAAACUUCUUCGUACUACGAUCGGACGGGAGGUGGAAUCGUCAACUUCAGUUUCAGAACCAUCACUGUCAGCUUGUUGGCGAUGAUCACGACGGACAUUCGACUCAAAUUGAGCGAUCCGCCGUGAAACUCUGUCGGGCGAGCGUGGAGGAACAAUAACUCGAGAACCAAUGGGAUUGCCUGACCCAGCACCCGAGGGACCUUGGUAAUCGGACCACACACGUAAAACUCGCGUGGGUCUCUCUGCGGGAGCAUUUACAGAAGAUCUUUCAACCGUUGCUGCUGCACGAGAUGCCACACGUCUACCAAGCAAUGUACUAGCCUCAUCACGAGAUGCCACGCGCCUUCUCAAGGGACCAUUGACGGGGCCAGUUUCUUGUCUUGAUUGAGGUGCAGUAGUUGUAGUUGUGUUAGUGUCUUGCGUCGGCCAACGGAGCCUCGGGAAUGGAGCUGGGGUUCGCUCUGGAUUCUCGCGAGAUGAAGUCGCGUUUGUCGACGGUCUCGAAUCUGUCUGUCCGUCAGAUGGGCCUGUAGCAUCACGUCCUCCACUAUCAGUUCUAUUUGUCAUGUUUCGAAUGAAGUUUGAAGCAGCUCUCAUGUAAUCAGGAAGUUCAGCUCCAAGCGCAUCGAGUCUGUCGAGCCUGUCGCGAAGCACCUCCGUAUCAAGUGGCACAUGGUUGUCUUCAUCGGAUAAUACUAUGGCAGAGUGAGAAGGUCCAAUACGAGAUCGUGGCUCUUCUUGAGUAGAUGCUUCCGGGUUUCUGAGCCUAGUUAAAGUGGUUGUCUCCAAGUCCCGAAGUGCGCCGCGAAUUUGCUGCAGGCGAUUUAGGGUAUCAAUAAGAGCGGAAGAAGCGUUCCUGAGGUUCUGCUGCGUCGCGUCGAGGUCCGAGUUUAAAGUCUGCAUCUGGUGAACACUUGGAGGCGAUGUCGAUUCAGAUCUACUUGUAGUUCGCCGUCUUGCGCUAUUCGACCGACGGCCAGGUGGACUCUCGCGUUCUUCAUCGGAUGACGGCAUGGUGGUGGUAUACUAAAGACUGGCGACGACAGUCGAGUCAGCCUGCUUUUUAAUGAAGCCCAGCUGUGGCCUGUUGUGGCCACUGCGUGUUGGAUGGGCGCGUCAGGCCAGCGCGGAAGUGCUAUGCUGUUCAUUCAGCUUCUGCUGUUCGCCGAUAUCUACGCAGAUCGAGAUACGUACAGAUCGGCUUGCCUGUGGGUGGGAUCACCAAGAAGAUAACUCCUACAAGACUGCAGUGUUGGAAGAUGUUUGCAGUACAGCAGAAAUGCAGCGACCUGGGCUGGCUUGGAACGACGCACGUGAGCAAGUCGCGUAAUGUCGGGUCACCCAAAUUACCGUGUCCUUUCUGCUACAGUAGCAGUAGCACGUUAGAAGCUUCCCCAAUGUUUCGCCGACCGCCUACUUCUUUGCGUUCAGUCGUUCGUGCUCGUCCAGUUCGCUCGUGUCGCCGCCCUCUUUCCUCUCAUGUGGCGCCUACAAACAGUCUGAAGGCUUCCUGGCAGCGCGGGGCACUCAUUACCCUGCUGUCGGUUGCCGGUGUAGCAGCGUUCUUCCAAACUCGCAACAAAGUCUUGCUGGAUAGUCAAGCACCAAUUUCCCCCGUGGCAGGAACAGAGCCGACUCCAAUCCGCACCGAUCCCGCAACUGGAAUUGAAUUUCCCGAAACACUUGUUAUUCCGUCGCGUGUCCGACUUCCUCCGUUCCAGCUUGUAGGCUUGGGUGUACGGACAGUCUCCUUCCUCGGGAUCAAAGUCUAUUCAGUCGCAUUUUAUGCAGAUCUUACGAAUCUAAAAAUACCUGAGAACUUGAAUCCGGAUGAGAAGAUAGACUACAUAAUUUCUAAUACAGCUUGUGUCAUUCGGAUCAUUCCUACGCGGAACACCUCGUACUCUCAUCUGCGUGAUGGGUUUAUGCGUGCUUUGCAAGCAAGGAUGACGAACCAGUUAAAGGACGGCAGCAUCUCUACCCAAGAGGCAGAGGACGCUCAGUCUCCAUUGCGUAAGCUCAAGUCCGCAUUCCCCAGUUCUCCACUUCGAAAGGGCGAGCCACUGGAUAUCCUGUUGCUGCCUCCACCGAAGAACCCCAGCGAGAAACGAGCUCUAGUAAUUAGAGACCUUGGCUCUAUUGAAAGUAACUGGGUUUCAAAGCAAUUCGUCAGCGUCUAUUUUGUAGGUGAUGGCAUCAGUCCGCCAAUGAAGAAGACUGUUGUCGAAUUUCUGCAAGACUCGCCCGCAAAACUCACGAAUUGAGAUCGCAGACCGGAGCUUGUGCCUGGGCUAUGUAUCUGCAGAGAAUUCUUGACAUACAAUUAUUGCAUCUCUACUCUGGCUUUUAUGCUGAAACUACAAAACAAGGUAUAUAAGUACCUUUCUGGACGGAAUAUAAAUCGCUUUUAGUUAAGUCUUCGCCAUUUACCGUGCAAUAACGAUUAGGGCCUAGGCCCCUAUGCAGCGCGUCGUCGUUUGAGUAACCCCACACGGCCGCCACCUGUGGCAAUGUUUUAACCAAAUUACGUUCUAUGUUCGGUUUGGGGAUCCUCUGAGUUUAAACUCUGGCGUAAUUACAAGUGCGGCGUGUCUCUCAAGUAGCUACUAUAAUAACCAUAGGUGCGCUUCCCCCUUACCCCUCCCCGGUUUUCACGCACAUUCGUGUGUCCCUAGGACCAUGUAUUUCUUGAAGAAUACAGGGACCCUGCGUGAAUACAAGGUGAUGAUUGGAUUUUGACUAAACUUGGAAGGAGAUCGCUUAUUCGGGGAUGAGUAAAUAAGUUUUGUUUUAGGCUCCGCAAAAUCUAGCGAUCGUCAUCCAUGGCUCCACGCUAUGCUGCUUGCAUUUUUCAACUCCGUGCGCUACCGUCGUACACUACAAUGAUUCUCCAUCUGUCUGUUCAGCGCCACGAACGUAACAGUGGCGAAUGAUGACUGGAAAAUCUGGAGGUCUUUAAAAUAGCUUUCAUUACUUACACUGUCUAUCUUAGCACAUCUAGCUUACUUCAUGAACUGCGGCUGUUGACAAGCAAGAUAAUGAAUUCCUCUUGGCGUAGUAUAUUGGCUCUCAUUGUGUUCCUUCUUACCAACCUUGUUGGCGUCUUCCCAAUUAAAGUCCCUAUUCCAUACCCAGCCAGAGCAUUAUGUUUCGUGGAAAGACUAGCAUCUCGUCUACGAAUCUGUAACCCUUCGCAUUCAUGUUGUCACCCACAUCCUACCUUCGAAAAGGGUGCCGUUGCUGCUCCUCGCCACCAAAAUAGCAUCCUUUGGCAUAAAUUUACGAUUGGUUUUCAGACCGCGCCUCUCACAGCUGUGCUUUUCUUGCUGGCAACGGGUGUCCUUCAUGGUGUCGAUGUUCGGAUUGGUAUUAUUGGAUCAGGCGGAGGCGGAGUUGUACCUUUAGAUAUCAUGGCGCUCUUUAUUUCUCUGGCGUAUAUAGCAAUCUCGUUGGACGUCACUGGACUCUUCCGCUUCCUCGCAUUUUGGGUCGUUAGAAAGGGAGGAUCAUCCGGAAGAAAACUUUACUUGUAUUUGUAUAUUUUCUGGUUCCUUACUGGCGUGUUUGUUGGCAACGACCCCGUUAUUCUGUUUGGAACACCCUUCUUGGCUUAUUUUGCUCGUGUAACUGGGAUUGUGCCUCCAACAGCAUGGAUUUUCGCGCAAUUCGCAACGGCAAAUAUGGCAUCCGGCGUAUUCCCUUCGUCAAACCCUACGAAUCUUGUGUUAACAGAAGCAUUCCACUUCUCGUUCAUCUCCUACACCGCACACAUGGUCCUGCCUGCUCUUGCUGCAGGAGUUGCAGUAUAUUUCCUUCUUAGAUUUGCCCUCUUCAGGUCGAGGGAGCAGGUACCCAAAGAAAUCGACGUAGUCGAACUUUCUCCUGAGCCGCUUGCACCGCCGAUGCCUGAAAACCCUCCAAAACACGUACUUAGAGGCCUUCAUGACAUCAAUGGAGCGAUCUUUGGCUCUGUCUUGUUCGCAAUUACGCUUGGUGUUCUUAUCGGCACUUCUAUUCUGCACAUUCCGGUGUAUCAGAUUACGAUCCCUGCUGCGGUGCUUAUGCUUGCGCGGGAUAUUUGGCAUGACAGACAACAGUGGAAGUCGAAAAGCGAGAAAAAUGCUGCUGUGCCUGUGCAACCUGAGGCGGCUCAGCUCGAAUCCGGUGCUUCAACGACGGUGGCGGAGAUGGAAACUGCUUCGAGGAUCAACGAUUCGAACGAAAUUCAGGUUAAGAAGAAAGAUCACGGAACGCUUUCUUCGUACAUCGAUCACCUGAAGAAGGAUAGGUUACCGACGGUUAUGACCAUCUUGCCUCGUCUUCCAGUCUCUAUGAUUCUUUUCGCAAUCUGCAUGUUCAUUCUGGUGCAAGCCUUGACGGCUUGGGGAUGGGUCGAGGUCUUCGCUGGAUGGUGGGCUGCCUGGAUUCGCGCUUGUGAGGACAACGGAACGGCCUCCGCGACUGUCGGUGCUGUUACGCUGAUGCUCGUCCUGAGUACAAUACUCUGCAACAUAUGCGGAACAAACAUAGGAACUACCAUCCUCCUCGCCAGAGUCCUCCAAUCCUGGCUCGAAAACAACUCUCCUAUCGACCCAAAAGUCCGAGUAGGCUCGAUCUUCGCACUCGCAGUCGGUACAAACUUUGGCGCGUUCACAUUCUCGUUCUCCGCGUCACUCGCGGGUUUACUUUGGCGAGAUAUCCUGAGACAGAAGGGAAUUAUUGUGCAUCAGACACAGUUUGCGUUGUUAAACCUCCCGAUUAUCGUUGUUGCUGUCGCCGCUGCGGCUGCGGUGCUUGUUGCGGAAGUGUAUAUCGUUCCUCGGUGAUUUUUGUGUUGGUUAAGUGGGUGUUACGGGUUAACCUCCUUUGCGCUAGCGUCCCUGUUAGCGCUAAGCAAAUUUAUAAAUAGAAGUGCUUCGGACCUUGUAACAUCAUUGCCAGCCUGCAAUUCGUGGUUUGGGCAAAAAUGAAACGAGAUUUGU